AUGAGGCUGGCACUAGGAUUCCUCGCGGUCUCUGCCGUUGGGACGUUUGCUCAGAACAGCACCUCGGAGUCCUCCUCAACUUCCGCCACAAGUGUAGCUUCGGCGAUCAGUUCGACAGUUGCACCAGCGGCGAGCAGCUCGGCUGCGACAACCAAUUACACUCAGAUCUUCCUCGAUAAUCACAACACGUAUAUGGGCAUUGCCCAUGGGUCUUCGUUCAUGUUCCCCAAAUCAGGCGACUACAUCACCUUGAACGGAUCGCACGAGGUACAAGUGGAGCCGGUGGACGACAUGACCACUCUCAUGUUAAUUUCUUCCACGACGCCGACCGUUACGCUCAACAGCUCUAUUCCCAACGGAACGUCCACAAUUAGCUUCAGCUACAGCUCCUUCCCGCACGACCUCGGACCCAGCACUGGACACUACUUUAUGUUGUCCACCUCUGGAAACUGUACCUCGCUUGAUCGCUGCAUCUACGCCGUCUCCGACUUGUUCGAGAUCAAAGCGGGCGAUGACAGCGAGUCGUACUCCCCUUCGGAACCCACUUCCACUUAUAGCCCCCCUUCCCAGCCGACUACAACAGUUAGCGUCAACGCUACCGCUCAGCCACGCUACGCGACGUACGAAGCUGCCAAGGCCAAUGCCUCCUCCUCAGGAAUGGAGAUUACUUUCCCUGUCGCUGGAGAUUACUGGGUGGUGGGUGAAUACAACGUUGUUGCCAACACUCCCUUGGACAACAAGACCUUGGCGUAUCAACUAUACAACCUGAACAUGUCGUCAACUUUGACCCUCAAUGGCAUAGGAGUGUCAGGCCACAACCUUAUCUUUCCCAUUCCUUACAUGCCGUAUUACUCCGCACCUUACCUGGCCAUGGGUCAAACCUACUACGUGAUGGUUCGGGAAACAGAGUGUGACAGAUACGGCAGUGGUGAAAACGACGUCAAUUGCGCGGUAUCCGACCUGUUCUCUAUCGAGCCGGUUGGCACGAAACCCCUCCGUACUUACCAGCGAAGCUCCGCCGGGAGAACAGGAUGGAACGGGCACAUGAUUGUCCCUACGGUUGUGGCAAUGGCACUCGUCUUUGUGCUCUAG